AUGAGGAUUUCGAAAGUGUUCGCACUUCCCUUUCUUGGGGCGCUCGUCGCCUCUCAAAAUGUCUUGCAGUCGACGAGUCUCAACACAUGUCAGGACAACUCUGGUUUCCAGGCAAGCAAGUUUGACGUCGUUUUCGACCCGAGCGAUAAUAGAGUCAAUGUCAACAUGGUAGCAACUUCUUCUAUCGAGGGGAAUGUCGUAUUUGAUAUAGCCGUCGCAGCAUACGGCUAUGAAAUUAUGCGCAGAGUUAUUGACCCUUGUGAUAACGGAAUCGCUGGGUUUUGCCCAAUGCAAACUGGCGACACGUCAACUCCCUUCAUUCUUCGGAUCAGCCCCUCUGCAACAAGGAUGAUUCCGUCGAUAGCCUAUUCAUUUCCAGACCUCGACGCCACGGUCAAGGUGUACAUAAACUCCACAGAUAACGUUGGUCAGAGUCUGGCUUGUCUCGAAGCCCGAAUUUCGAACUCGAAAACUGUGGACCUGCUCGGCGUGAAAUGGGCCUCUGCAGCAGUCAUAGGUCUGGCACUGCUCUCCAGUGCCAUCAUCAGCGGUUUAGGGCACUCAAAUGCUGCCUCGCAUAUUGCUGCUAAUGCUGUGGCUCUGUGCAACUACUUCCAAGCACAAGCCAUGAUUGGGCUCACUGGGGUGUCUCUACCACCGUCAGUUCAGGCUUGGACACAGGACUUUCAAUGGAGUAUUGGUAUUAUCAACGUUGGCUUCAUGCAAAACAUCUUUACAUGGUACCAGAGAGCUACCGGAGGCACGCCAUCACAACUGUUCAGCACCCUUGAGACUAUCUCGGUACAAGUUUCAAAGCGUUCCUUGCCUGUCCUCGGGCCUGCUAUGGGUUUGGCAAAGCGGGCCCUGGCAAUGUUGCCUGGGCGCUCGACCGAACAUGUGGCAAAUCUAGCGAAACGGACCAACAUCAAGAAUUCAUCAGGCAGUUAUGUCGUUACGGGCGUGCAACGCGUUGCCUAUAGAUCCAGGAUUGAGUCGACUAAUCUUUUCUUGACCGGCUUUACCUUCUUCUGCCUUGCUCUUGCCUUUUCGGCCCUCGCCGUUGUGGCGGCAAAAGGACUUUGCGAGAUUGCGACGAGAAUUGGAUUGAUCAAGAGCGAUAAGUUUCAAGACUUCCGCAAUGGUUGGCGUGUCGUGCUUAAAGGCGUUCUAUAUCGCAUAACUCUUCUUGGUUUCCCAGCUAUCACGAUUCUUUGCUUCUGGGAGUUCACCCAGAACGAUUCUCCAGCGGAAAUGGUCUUGGCUGUUUUCUUCCUCACAGUUGCCCUAGCCUGGGCUGGUUGGAAAGUGGUCCAGCUCGCUCGCCGGUCCGUAAAUUUACACAAAACACCGGCUUAUAUCUUGUUUUCCGACCCUCAAGCUCUGAACAAGUGGGGAUUUCUAUACAUACAAUUCCGAGCAUCAGCAUACUAUUUUAUAAUACCCAUCAUCGGCUACUAUUUAGCUAAGGGCAUGUUCAUCGGCUUAGGUCAGGAUGCGGGAAUUGCACAAGCUAUUGGCUUCAUCAUUCUCGAGGCAGCCGUUCUGAUUACCACUAGCGUGAUGCGACCAUGGAUGGAUAAGAAGAUGAACAGUUUCAACAUUACCAUUGCUGUUGUCAAUUUCUUGAACGCUAUUUGCCUGCUUCUCUUCACUGAAGUCUUCGGACAACCGGCCAUUGUCAAUGGCAUAGUCGGUGUUGUCGUUUGGAUCUUGAACGCGGUCACAACGAUCGUGCUUGUAAUCUUCUGCAUCAUAACGACUGCUUUCGUUUUCUUCCGCGAGAACCCGGAUGGGCGAUAUCGUUUCAUGAGCGACGAGCGUGCAUCAUUCAUGAAGUCGAUGAACUCCUUGUCAGCAGCGGAUCAACUCAAUGCACUCGCCAGCACUGCCCGGGGUGAAAAGGGCCACGGCUUGGAUCUCGACGACGGGGAGAACGAGUCCAACUCUUCUCAAUCUGGUCAUCGUCAUUCGAUGCGACCGUCCACAGCCGGCUCGGGGCCAUCACGGAGUUCGUGGCGAGACUCCCGAACGCGUGUCGGACCAUCGCCGUUUGCGACCGAUGCUCAUCGUAACAGUCCUUUGAACCCGACGAGUGGUAGAAAUUCACCUACGAAUCAUUUAAGCAUAAAUCCGCCAGCCAGCACCAAUGGUCACAAUGGGCCACCAUCGCCUGAGGUGCGGAGUCCAAACAACUCAAGCCCCUGGCAGAGGGGCGCAGGAUAUGACCACGCUUAA